AUGUCACUUUACCAGAGGAAGACAAUAUUGGCCCCGAUGGUGCGUGUUGGGAACGUGGGGUUUCGCGUUUUCUGCGCGGCGCAGGGGGCGGAUGUUGUGUUUACGGAGGAGAUUGUGGCAGCCAAGCUGGCACGUUGCCAUCGCGAGGUUCGUGUGCACAAUGACGCCGCGGGUCCCAUGAUUGAAUUUGUGGCUUACGAGCUCUUUAAGAACCAGUACAAGCGAAGCGUUGUGUUCACCACACCGGCACGUGACAUGGCGAAUCAAAGCGGCGAGGGUGCACCAGUAGUGUUACAGCUCGGCGUGUCAGACGCGGCCGUGGGGGUUGCGGCGGCGUUGUUGUGCUGUGAGGAUGUGGAUGGCAUAGAUGUCAAUAUGGGAUGCCCCAAAAAGUUUAGUGUUGAUAAUGGAAUGGGAGCCGCACUAAUGCGGGACACAUCCAAGGCGGCGUCUAUCCUUUUUGCCCUGGACGAUGCCUUAAACGCUCCUGAUAAGUUGGCGGCACGUGGUCGCCGGGUGCCACUGAGUUUUAAAAUUCGACUUCUGGAAACAGCGGAGGCAACGGCAGACAUGCUGAUCUCCAUUAUGGAGAAGGUGGGCGCCAAUCGCGUCCAUGCCAUUACUCUGCACGCCCGUACGGUGAAUCAGGUAGCAGAAGAUUCACCGCAUUAUGAUCGCGCGGCGGAAGCUGUGAGACGACUUCGCAGUCAUCCAUUAUUCAAAGAAAUGUGUUUUGUUCUUAACGGGUCUGUGAGGUCUCGCGAUGACGGUGCAGUUAAAAUGGCACAAUUUGGGUUUGAUGCGAUUAUGAUUGCACGCCACGCGAUGUGGGAUAUGUCUGUGUUUUCUCGACACGUUUCUUCUGCGGGGGGACGCAGCAGUUUGACUAGUGAAGAUGCUGAGGCGCCGUUGGCGUCUACUUCAUGGAUGGAUCUGUACAGGUCGUUGCUGCGGACCCACGCGAAGUACUGCACACCCUUUACGUACGUCAAGUAUCAUCUUACCCGCUCCAUUCCGUGCAUCCCUGCGUUGAGGCACUUGAUGACUGCUGUCCAGCAAGAAGCCACCUGUUAUGAAGAUUUGGCGAAGAUCUUUUCGUUACCUUUGGAGGAACAGGAGUCAAUGCGUGGUGUUGCGGCUGUGGAGAUGGUUGCGUGUGUUCCCAAUAGGGAAGUUACAUUGGGUGUAGUGUCUUCCAACGCCAUCAAACACAAUGAUGCGGCAAGAAGCGGGCGAGUCCGAAGCGAAAAAAGCGCUGCAACUCCAGCUGCCAAGAAACCGAGGGGGGAAUGA